AUGAAUUUGUCUGCACAAACAUUGGCUAUAUUUAAUGAAUUCAAUAUUGUUGAUGCUAAUCAAAUCCCUGGUUAUCAUCCAAUUUCAUCUGGUCUACCUGAUUGGAAAAUUCAUCAGUUGAAACGAAAAAAUCAAGAUGCAGCGAAUAGUUAUGCAGAUGAAUUAAAAAAAUGGGGUCUUGUACCGAAUUGGAAACGUGAAUUAAUCGAAAAGAAACAAUUAUUAAAUAAAAUGCAACACGAAACACCAACCUGCUGCUCAUCUUCAUCCUCUUCAAAUUCUCAUCAACAACAACAACAACAUUUAUCAUCAUCAUCAUCAAAUGGGCAUGCUUCGUCAAUGCACAAUACUCAUCAAUCAUCAUCAUCAUCAUCAUUGGCCAGUGCAGAAUUAGCUGAAAAACUUCAACGUCGUCUAGAUAAAGUGUCCAGAUCAACUAACUAA